AUGCAGCCCGGGGAGGUAUUUACGCCAGCAUCCGAGAUUACGGGUGCUCGCAAAGAAAAAGUUGUCACCAAGACACCUCAACUCCCUAAGCGCAGCGGCCCGCCAGUCGACGAGGACAAGGCGCGACGAGCAGCUCAGGUCCAUUUCAAGGCUUCGCAUGGACUCAUUACCGCUUUCUUCACGCUCAUAUUAAUACUUCACAUUGCUGGCAUAUACCUGUUCACCAGCGGCUUCCUCCUCACGCGAUUAGUUCUCGACGACAAAUCCGAAUGCGCCAUCCCUCCCAUCGAUGCGGCGCGCGCCUAUGUCCCCGGAGACGCCCAGAAGGGAUGCUGGCAUCCCAAGACAUUCGACAAGGCCAUUGUAAUAAUAGUUGACGCGCUACGAUAUGACUUCACUGUACCUUUGGAAGCACAGCUCGAGCCUACAAACCUCGCCUCCGACCCAAGCCUCCCGCCCGUCGCACCCCGCCAUUUCCACAACGCGUUCCCUGUCUUGUACGAGACAGCACUGAAGCAGCCCAACAAUGCUUUCCUCCUCCCGUUCAUUGCAGACCCGCCUACCACGACGCUACAGAGACUGAAGGGACUCACGACGGGGACGUUGCCCACCUUCAUCGACGCCGGCAGCAACUUUGCGGGCACGGCGAUUGACGAAGACAACCUGGUAGCCCAGCUGAAGAAUGCGAGCAAGAGAAUUGUACAUUUGGGCGAUGACACCUGGCAUGCUCUCUUCCCAGGAUACUUUGAGCCCAAUCUCACCCACGCAUACGACUCAUUCAACGUUUGGGACUUGCACACGGUCGACAAUGGGGUCACGGAGCACAUCUUCCCCCUGCUAAAGGCAGAGAACACAAGCAAAUGGGAUGUCAUCUUUGGGCACUACCUGGGUGUUGACCACGCUGGCCAUCGCUAUGGACCCGAUCAUGCUGCUAUGACGGCGAAGCUCAACCAGAUGGAUGAGGUGUUCCGGCGUAUGAUCGAAGAAUUGGACGACGACACGCUUCUUGUAGUCAUGGGCGAUCACGGCAUGGACACCAAGGGCGAUCACGGUGGCGAGUCGGAAGACGAAAUCGAAGCUGCGCUGUGGAUGUACUCGAAGAAGGGCGUCUUUGGCCGCAGCUCUCCCGCAUAUGUCACACCUCCCCACUCAGCCAAGGUGCGGCCUGUGGCUCAGAUCGAUCUUGUGCCGACCUUGUCACUUCUGCUCGGCAUGCCCAUCCCAUUUAACAACCUCGGAAAGCCGAUCGAGGAGGCUUUUGUUGGAAAGAAGGGGUCUGACUUUGAGAACUUGGCCAUCGUCAAUCGCUUGGCAGCUGCACAAAUCCAUCGUUAUCAACACGAAUACGCCAUAGCUCGUGGAUUUGACGAGAGCACUCGUGCCAGCUCUUUGGCUCUUUGGGCUGCGGCGAACGAGGCUUGGAAUUCGCUUGGGAAGAAGAGCAACAGCGAGCAGUUCCAGAGUGUUUACAAAGCGUUCGGUGCCUACCAGCGCGAGACCCUCAGUAUUUGCCGCGCUUUGUGGGCAAGAUUCGACAUCCCUCGGAUGCUGACUGGUGUAAGCAUAUUGGCUUCCACUUUGAUCGUCCUCGCCAUGUAUGCGCGUGGACUUUCUGGAGAUAGAACAGAGUUGACUCCAGCCUUCUUCACUCGUGGCAUGAUGGGUGCUGCGGUUGGUGCCCUGGUUGGCUUUGUUGCUGAUUUCGCCCUGCCAGACGUGGCUCAAGAUCAAGUGCUGAUCUUCUCUACCGCCUUGUUCACUAUCCUCGGCAUGUCUUCCACUUUCUUCUCCCUCCGACAACGUGUCUUAUCCCCCUUCCCCGCAAGCAUAUGGGGCUGGACGAGUGUUUUUUUUACAUUGGCUCUCUCAGUUGGUUUCGCGGCCAACUCCUUCACUAUCUGGGAAGACGAAAUUCUUCUUCAUUUCCUCACCACCUUUGGUGUCAUCGCCGUGGUGUCUUCUUUCCGUCAAAAGAACAAGGUAGACCGAACGCUUGGGAUCUACCACUCUGUUCUUUUCACCGUCCUCCUACGUGUCGCUUCUUUCGCCCGCCUUUGCAGAGAGGAGCAGAUGCCAUACUGCAAAUCCACCUACUACGCCUCUGCGCUUUCCACCACGUCUGCACCCUGGCAAUUAGUUAUUCCUGGUGCCGCCGCACUGCUUGUGCCCACCUUCAUCAUUGGGUACUUCGAGGGCACUAAGAGCUACCAAAACACAGCAAAGCUGUGGCUGGGUCUUGGUCUGCGCUUUGGUCUCAUGCUCGCUGCAGCCUAUUGGGCGCUUGAUGCCGCGGAUGACGGCGACUGGUACCCACAAUGGUCCAACGUCAUCAGCAUCACCAAGAGGGCCUUGGCGCAGAUUGUGCUGGCCAUCAGUCUGAUAUUCGGAUACCUCAUAUACAACUGGAGUAAGCCUCUCUUGAGCAUCAUCACCAACGAGUCGCAAGACAAGGACGGUGCACCAAAGCAGGCCAUCACAGUCCUCGGUUACGCAAAUGUACAUGGAAGUAGGUAUGCUUUGCUCAUCACUAUCUGGUACCUUGCCAUCGCACUCCUCCAGAAGCCAAUGGGAGCAGGCGCCAUCGGCAUCCUCGUCUGGCAGCUUUUCUCUCUCUUCGAAAUCAUCGACACCAACAAUCUUCAUACUUCUUCCAUCGGACCCGUUGUCCUCGGUCUCCUCGGCUCUUUCCACUUCUUCAAGACGGGUCACCAAGCCACUCUCAGCUCGAUACAAUGGGAGUCCGCAUUCAUCCCCCUCUCAACGAUCCGUUAUCCAUGGACCCCAGUCAUCGUCGUUUUAAACCAUUUUGGCGCGCAAAUUCUAUGUGCUGUCGCCGUUCCCGCACUCGUGCUGUGGAAAGUCAAACCCCAGCAGAAAGGCUUGCUGGGCGCCAUGGCCAAGGCGAUCGCAACACACAUGCUCUUCUACGCGACCAUCUGCCUCGCUACCACGAUGUGGGCGGGUCAUUUACGCAGGCACUUGAUGUUAUACCGGAUUUUCAGUCCGCGCUUCAUGCUCGGCGCGUCGUCGCUGCUGAUCGUAGACAUUGUGGCGAUAUUUGUGGGCUUGUGGGGUGCACGCAUGAGUAUUCUCAGCGUCGCGGAGGUGUUUGGAUUCGGUGGGUAA